AAAAGAAAUUAUUAGAAAAGAAAAGAAAUGGAGAAAAAAUCAGAUUCCCCACGGAAGUCUCUGAUGGAAAACCUUCUUGGCCUUCUCAGGGUUCGCAUCAAGCGCGGUGUCAACCUCGCCGUUCGUGAUGUCCGAAGCAGCGACCCUUAUGUUGUCAUCAAGAUGUACAACCAGAAACUAAAGACUCGUGUGAUUAAAAAAGAUGUGAAUCCUGAGUGGAAUGAAGACCUUACACUUUCUGUUAUAAAUCCGAAUCACCCAGUUAAACUGACUGUGUAUGACCACGACACAUUUAGCAAAGAUGACAAAAUGGGAGAUGCAGAAUUUGACAUUUUGCCCUUUAUAGAAGCCUUGAAGACGAACUUAACUGGCCUUCCAAAUGGUACUGUAAUCACAAGAGUGCAGCCAAGCAGUAAUAACUUCCUGGCAGAUGAGAGCUGCAUCAGUUAUUGCAAUGGCAAGGUCGUCCAGGAUAUGAUCCUUAGAUUGCAAAAUGUGGAAUGUGGUGAAGUGGAAAUCCAAUUACAGUGGAUUGAUCUUCCUGGUUCUAAGGGUUUAUGAUGAUCUUAUGGGGUUUAUGUAUUAACAACAACAUGCAUAUAAACUGGCUUUUGCCUUGUACUAUUUAUGGUCAGGUUUGUCUAUAAGACAUGUUGAGGAACAAACUUGUAUUUAUAUCCGGUUGUGAUGCAUUUGUAUAGUUUAGAACUUUUUUCCUUUCAUGGGGUCUCAUUGUGUUUUGGAAUGUGUGGAGGCAUUGAUUUGGUCCUAUAUGCUAUAUGAAAUCUGCAUGUUAUUUAUAAAGUAAUCAUGAGAAGGAAAUAUGUAUGCAACAUUCAAAGAGGAGGCCAGAGGGUUUAUAAAUGA